UAUAAAGGGGCUGGUGGGGUUCCGCCUUUGUUCGUAUCAUGGCCACCUCUGUCCCCCAGUCACGUCUGGCACUAUAGCGACAGGCACAGUGGGUGGGAGCCAGCCUGAUUGUGCCAUGGAGUCUGAGUGUCAAUCACAACACUUUUUGCGUGUUGUUUUCGGUCGGCGCUCAGAAAAUAGAUCCAUUUCCUCGCUUGCGCCUGUUGUGUGUUUGUUGGCACGUCGAUCAACCAAUGCCGCGUCUAAAAAAGCACACAGAACACUAUACUCCGCAGGAGCAUGUCUGGGUGUCGCUGUGGGUAGAGUAGCGUGCCCCAGCGCAGACGUCGGUGCGCAACAGGACCUCAAGCACAAAACUGGGAUAAUGGCUUCGAUUGGAUGUGCAUCGGCUCGAGGCACGAGCAGGAGGCGCAAUAGUGGGCGAUGCAUGCGUGCAUAAAUACGCCUGGAUUCGCCGAUGAGCGAGCUCGGCCACCGUCCAUCUGUCCCACCACCGCGGCGCUAUCUCUGCCUGCCUCACCCACCCCAACCGAAUUUAGGUGGUGGUGCAGACAGGGGGCUGCCGAAACG